UCCCUUAUGCAGUGUGUUUUCGUGCUUAAGCGAGGCUGACGCUGACGAGUGGGGUAUGAGCUGCACCCUCAUGCAUCUUCAACGACCAACACCAACACAAUGACACAUUCAUUGAAUCAACUCUGUGACCGAUGUCGCGAACUUGACCUAGAAUCUUAUGUGGAGCUACGAGUCAAGACAGGCAGAGGCACUAUCGCGUUUAUCGAGAAGGCCUCGAUUCGGAAGACCUGUGAGCUGUGCACCCAAUUUGCUCACAUCUUCAGCGCGCUCAAGGCUCUCCGUGCACAGGUCUCAAAUCUCGACUCUUUUACAUUAGAUUUUCGCCGGAUUCAGCUCAAUGAUUUGACAAUCGUUUACUUUCGUGUACGAUUCAUGGAAUUCAGUAGAGUCCUGGAUUUCGACUUUGACUUCUACCCCACUGCGGCAGUCAUCGAAGAUGUAUCAUCCCAGAAGACCUUGGUCCCUCUCUGCCAAACGAUGCGAUCCGGAUCAUCGAACCUUGGCUUAGCCAAGCAAUGGCUACAGUCAUGCCAGACCAAUCACAAAGAGUGUCAGCAGUCGACGGCUUGGGACACUUCGCUGCGAGUGUUGAAUUGCACAGGGCAAACUCUUGUAACUAUCGACCCUUCAGAGCCGUAUGCAUGCCUCAGUUACGUCUGGGGCAGCCAAUUGGUAGACCAUCAGCUUGACUCCGCCAAUCCUGUCCCGAACGUACCACAAACUAUCACGAACGCAAUGUCCGUAUGCAUCGCGCUUGGGAUACAGUAUCUGUGGGUCGACCGAUAUUGCAUUGAUCAAAACAAUCCAACAGAGAAGUAUCAUCUCAUUUCCAACAUGGACAGGAUCUAUCAAGGUGCCGAACUCACCAUUGUUGCUUCAGCAGGCCAAGGUCCUGACGACGGCCUUCCUGGCGUCCAAACCACUCCAAGACGCGUUCAACUUUACCUCAAAGCCGGAACACAUGUAUUCGCAUCCACAGAAAACAUCCGGGAACAGAUCAACACAUCGACUUGGAACAGUCGCGGAUGGACCUAUCAGGAGAUGCUGCUCUCUCGUCGACGCUUGGUCUUUACCGAUUCGCAGAUGUACUUUCAGUGCCAGUGUACACACUACCUAGAAAGUCUUCAUAUGGCAGCAACAGCUGAAUACGCUCCGUUGAGGGAUCGGUAUCGCGUGUUUCCUUCGCUCGAGGUGAGCAGUCUUCAGAACCGUCUGGCUGAGUACUAUCAGCGACAUCUGUCUGUGCAAUCAGACGUCAUUAAUGCAUUUGCGGGCGUGUGCAACUCCGCACUUGCUCUCAAGAUUUCACCCAUGUCCUCGAACGUCCUCAGCCACUUCUACGGUAUACCAAUACAUUAUAGUCGAACAAGGUUCUUAGUACGGAGGAACGAUUUCCUGGUCGAUUUGGCGUGGAGAGUCAUGCAUCGCGAAUCAACCUUUGAACCACCGCAAUUCCCACUCACGAUUCCAACUUGGUCUUGGGCAUCGCCUAAAGUACGUCAUCGAAGCAGCGGGUUCUCUGGCGAAUACAUUCAGCCGCCAACCUUGACCAUACCUGCGCCAGAUCUGAACCCCCGUUGCGUGUCCAGUUCUGGGACGAUAGUGGAACUGGCCAAUAUCCUACAACAAGAUACCGGCUACACGGGUUUCUAUCCUCAAAUAUUGCUUGAUGGAAUUCUCGUGAAAGUACCAGCCCAACCAAAAUCCAGUACAUUCUACCUUGACAGCCAAGAGCCACUCAACUUCGAUACACUAUAUGCGAUGUACUUAGGAUACAAUGAAAGGACUCGGCAUCCCCAAAGCUGGACUCAAAAUUUCGAAAGGCUUGGUUCAAACCUCUGCUUAUUGCUACAAGCUCUGACCCCUGAGCAGCUUUCAGAGAUGCAUGGCACCCCUCAUCUCACUGGGCGGAGUUGUUACCGUCGAGUAGGACUCUGGAUUCACAACACUUCAUGCGACUUCCUCCCGGGUCUUAGCUCAUCAGCAAGUGUAAUGAACGCAAUGUGCAAACAGCUGCGGGUUGAUUCUCCAUACAGCGAUUGGAAAUGGUUCGAUCGGCCACUCAUCCUGGUAUAAUGGGUAGAGUGUCGCAGUAGGAUGUGAUGUGGAGCUCACGGCAUUGCCGCGGAACAAAUCUCCAUUGUUCGUUUGCAUUGAUCAGACUUUCUGGAAUUCGAUUGGCUCCGCAGAGAAAAGCGUGGUCCACGUUCCAGAUCUUUUCCCUGAUUCUGCGUCGUCUUUUCGUCUCCGAUCAGUCACAUCUUGAGAUCGAAGCGGUCAACUGGGUAUUGGCAUGGGUGGUAUCAAUCAAGACUGUGACUUGUGAGUCCAACUGAUCGUAUGUCAGACGAUCUUUUUGACACUCUAUGCGAGUUCGCCCAGCUGAUACAAUAUCUCAAACUCGCUGUCAUUAAUCAGACAUUGGUCAAAGGAGUGGAUGCAGCAUCAUCUCCUAAAUUAUUCCAUUUGACUGUCCCUACAGAGUUGUAGGGACGAUUCCUGUCAACGCUGUUUUCGGA